CAGCGAUGAAAGCAGAGGAGAAAAUCGACACAAACCCGUGGAUGUGCCAUAAAACCGUUUGUUAGAGCUCAGAUAUUCUUCUAUCAGCGGUUAAGCCUGAUGAGCUCGCAGCUCCGGUCGAAGAUAAUAAGAUAUAUGUGUGAGAGGGGAACCUGAGCAAGCUGAGAGCGUCAGAGGGGGGAUUGUCGGCCCACUGCAGUCUGAAUCACCGCAGACUCGCCCCACCGCUGGUUCAUCAUCGACGACUUUUGACCAUUGACGUGCGCAUCCUCACGGCGACAGAAAACAACGGGAAGGGACGGGACCCGAGCCCGUGUUUGACCCUCUGCCUCAGCCCCGAGGUGUGCUGCUUGGCAGGGUGUGCUAAAUAAUGAGCCAAAAGGACACGCUGGUUCAUUUGUUCGCUGGAGGAUGUGGUGGCACAGUGGGAGCAAUCUUGACUUGUCCUCUGGAGGUUGUGAAGACCAGACUGCAGUCCUCUUCCAUCACUCUCUACAUCUCCGCUCAAGUCCAGCUCAGCACCGUCAAUGGAGCCAGUGUGGCCCGUGUCGCUCCACCAGGGCCCCUGCACUGUCUCAAGUUAAUUCUGGAGAGAGAGGGACCCCGUUCACUCUUCAGAGGACUUGGACCAAACCUUGUGGGUGUGGCACCUUCCAGGGCGAUCUACUUUGCGGCUUAUUCGACAGCGAAGGAGAAGCUGAAUGGGGUGCUGGAGCCAGACUCUACCCAAGUGCACAUGGUGUCGGCUGGAUUGGCAGGGUUCACCGCCAUCACAGCCACCAAUCCCAUCUGGCUGAUUAAGACCCGUCUGCAGCUGGAAACCAGAACGAGGGGUGAGCGGCGAAUGAACGCAUUCGAGUGUGUGCGGCGGGUGUACCAGAUGGACGGCUUGCGAGGUUUCUACAGGGGCAUGUCAGCCUCAUACGCUGGCAUCUCUGAGACCGUUAUCCAUUUUGUCAUCUAUGAGAGCAUCAAACGUAAACUGGCGGAGUCCAAGGCCCACGCCAGCAUGGACGACGAGGAAGAGUCUGUCAAAGAUGCCUCCGACUUCGUGGGCAUGAUGCUCGCAGCAGCCACCUCAAAGACCUGCGCCACCUCCAUCGCCUACCCUCACGAGGUGAUCCGCACACGGCUACGAGAGGAAGGAAGCAAGUAUCGUUCGUUCUUUCAAACUCUGCUGACGGUACCCCGGGAGGAGGGAUACCGGGCGCUGUACCGUGGCCUAACCACACACCUCGUCAGACAGAUCCCCAACACCGCCAUCAUGAUGUGCACCUAUGAAGUGGUGGUCUACCUACUAGGAUGUUAGCAGGUAUGUCUCAUUCCUGUUUAAAGAGGGAGACAGUGAGCAAAUGACUGAGAUGGAAGCGCCUUUGGUGAGAAGAAGUGAGGACAAAAUGUCAAAAUGAAGACCAAAGGAAAACCGAAAAUACUCUAGUGGACCAGAAGAGUAAAAACUGACAAAAGAUGAAGAAACAGGAGGGAGGAAAUGCCUUUGUUACCAUAUCAGCAUCAUCACCUCCAGUUCCCUUUUCUCAGAUUGCUGGGGAGGGCGCUACAGUGCUCAGAAGAGGUAAUAUGGGUCAGAUGAGAAAGGAGGGCACUAGUUGGCACCUGUUAAACUAAGGGUACCUCUGAAUGACAAGAUUUUAAGCACAAUUCAGUGGCCUUAACAGAAAGGGUUUUAGUUUGCGUCCCUCCCUUUGAAUGAAAGCUGCCUUUUCCACUCUCAGAUAGAGAUAUUGUGAAAAGGGAAUGCUUGGAGCCAAAUCAAUUUGAGAGGAGAGAUGAUGACUAAAUUUAGAUCAACUUUACUCUUGACAGCACUAUUUGUCUGCACUUGUGCGCUGUGAGACUACUGUACCAUCAGAUGACUGGCAGUUAAGGAACAUUAAUUCAAAGCAGAAUAUCAGAAGGAAAACUAAGACAUCAAUCUGUUUUCAAGCCACCUGAACCGCCCAUCUUUGCACUACAGAAAGUGUGGCUUCGAGCAUUCCCUUCUGAACACGGCAGUCAACCCUCGCCCCCACCCCCCCCUCCUCGAUGGCCUGAAGUUCAUGCACAGCAGUGAACCAACACACAAAAAACACUGUGAGGAGCUUGUGACGGCCUGUCACUCAAACACAUGCCUCAGAAACUGAAGAGUAGGUUAAAAGCUGACAUUCAGUGUUUUAUCCCUCUAUAACUAUAAAUGUCUGGUGGCGACAUGCUGCGGGCGAAGCUGGCCUUCUGUGUCGACAGUUUCUCUUUGUCAAAACUGAAAUAAGAUCGGUGCACAAGGCCAGCUUCUGCCUGCACCCAGUCGCUGCUUAGGACUAUACAGUCUUGUGUAAAAACAUGAGACCAAUGUGUCCUUUUUUUUGAGAUGUGAAGUGUGUGAAUGUCCAAAAGGUACCAAGACUUAAAUAUCUACUAUUGGAGUGCCACUACUUGAAUAUAAUGUGACGAUGUGGGGAAAUGUUGGAGUGGGAGAAUGUUGAUGGAGUUUCGUCAUCACCCCAUAACUUGUUUGUUUGUGUGUGCGUGCGUGUGGGUGUGUAUGUCGAACAUGUUGGUCACUUUCACCAUAUUUGAUCUAACUAUGUUCAGGUGUAUGUGUGUGUGUGCGCGUGUGCGUGUGCGUGCAGUCAUGUGUGCCUGCAUGUUAAAUUAAUAUCUACUCCAGAUUUCCCUCCACUAACUAUUAAUCUUGCAAGACACUGCGGGUGGGAGUGUGGAAAAGCUCCUGUACGAUACUGGCAGCGUUCAUUCCCACUCUCAUGCCAGUCCUUCCUUCCAGUGGCUUCCAACUGACCUGAUAACAUGCACUUUUGUGGCCUUUUGGGGCUUGUGCUUUGGAUUUUAUUGUGUGGACAAUUUGAACUUGUACAUUGUAAAAGGAAAAAAAAGUAUUACUGUAUAUCAAAAUGGUAUUUUGCGCAACUGUUCUAUAGCUGAUAUAUUGUACAGUUAAGAGUUCUCAGUAGUUGUGAAGGAUGUCCAGAUGUGUGUAUAUAAUAUAGAUACUGUAUAUGCAUAUCAUUUAUUGUUUUAGGCCCAUCUAUGAUCAUGCUGUAGUUUGCAUUUGCAAUUCAUUGUUAUCAUUUUUGUGCAAUUUAACUCUGUUUGACAUUGACUGUUCACAUGAAUAUUGAUAUUGCUUGACUGAUUUUUCUCACAGUAUUACUGUGGGUUUAUGUCAAAGACUGUAUAUAAAGAUGGCGUCUCCACUUCCUCUCAUUGUACAAAAAUGAAGCCAAAUUACCCAGUAUACAGGCGCUGCCAUCUUGCGCUGGUGAUGUCACUUGGACCCACAGUUUGCACAGUAGUGAACAGGGUUGGAGCGGUGGUAUCCAGGUCCCGCCCCAUCAAUCGCAGCUGUGAAUCAUAAUGUCUCACUCCCUGUCUUAUAACAUCAAAUAACUAAUUGAAACCAAACUUGUCAGGAAAAUUAACAGUUGAACCUAAGUCAGCGUGGAAAGAACUAUCUAAAAUGAGAAAAACAAUCUUUUGGAAAAAAUCUUUUGCUUGUGCUUGGCUCGCGUCCCAUUCACUGACAUGGAAGGGGCAGGUUUUAAGACCCAGACUGCAGCCAGUCACCGGGGGGGGCAUCAAAACGUUUUGGCUUCACUUUUGGGGAGCUGUAAUGUCCAUCUUCACAUACAGUCUAUGAUUUAUUUGUAUCUGUAUCUUGCUGUAAGCUGUCUUGCAAACCUUCGUGCUUAUGCUAAAGCUAACUCAUGCUGCAGGACAAAUUGUUUCAUGUUAUAAUUUGUGCUGGAGCGUUGGUUAGUCAUUUUAAAGCGUUCAUAAAAAGUGUUCCAUUUUGCAAAAAUAGGAUGUUUCUGUCAUUGGUAAUGUUUACAUCUUUCAUUACUUUCUAUCAGAUUCUCGGUUCUCCCAGCGACAUGUUUUGAAUAUCAAGAACUGGAAACAAUAUUUCUACACCUCUGUGCAAAGUUGGGACUAUUAAAAUCUGAAUUUGAGAGACUUUAAGAAGCUAAUCUUUCCUGAAAAGGGUUGUUGGUAAAAACAGUAAAUUUAAGUUGAAAAUAUUCCUAAACUAUAGCAUAUCAGAAUAAUUCUCUUUUGGGAAAAUUUGGCACCCGAAUUAUUUCAAGUUGUAUCUAAGCACCUUAUCAAAGUUCCCCUUAAAUACUUAAAUACAUAGUUUAUUUAACAAAAUGGCCUUUUAUAAGAAACUUCCGAGCAGUGAAAAGCCUUCAACACCUCACUUACGAGGCUGCUAUAGUCUCAGUGCACACUCAUUCUCCAUACGGAAAUGAUGAGGUAUGCACAUUUUCCAUGUUUUUUUUUUUUUGUUUAUUUCCCCAUUUGCCGAAAAUCUGGUGCAUUCAUAGUGAUGUUGUUCUCAAGCACUCUCAUUUUUUCCCACUUGAUGCAGUACCAUUACAUAGGGAAGCUGAGGCCUGUCUAGUAAUGGUUAUUGAUUUACAGUCAUAGUAGCUUUAAAGAAUUGCUGAGUCAUUUUAAUGUCCAUGUUUUUCCUGUAAAACACUAAUAGCUUUUAUGUCUUUGCCUCCAUUGCAGUAAUACUUAAGGUCAAGUUACCAAAAUGUGAAACGAACAGACAACUGGACAAACAGUGCAAACAUUUCACUUUAUAGUUUACCUCUCAUUUCAGUGUUUGUAUGCAAUUCAAUAUAUUUCUCCUGUAUGCUUGGACAGGAUGCAGCCUCAAGCAAGGUUCAAUGAAACCUGGGAUUUUUUUUUUUUGCCAGCUUCAAUCAUUGAUGUAUUUUUUGUUUGUUUGUUUUUUUAAACACAAAAGUUAAAUAAAAUCCACUUACAACUAA